CUCCCUCCCUCCCUCUCAAGCCUAACCAUCCCAAGGCAUCUUCUCUCUCAUCUUAGAAAUAGUCAUGGGAGCUUUCCGACGUCGUUUUGAACCCAUCUCGAAGUGCACCACCGAUCAACGGUCCAACCAGACGGUGGCUUCCGACCUCGACGGCACUCUCCUCGUCUCCCGUAGCGCCUUCCCUUACUACAUGCUCGUCGCUCUCGAGGCGGGAAGCAUCCUCCGCGCCCUCCUCCUCCUCGCCUCCGUCCCCUUCAUCUACUUCAGCUACAUAUUCCUCUCCGAAACCCUCGCCAUCAAAACCCUCGUCUUCCUCACCUUCGCCGGCCUCAAGAUCCGCGACGUGGAGAUCGUGGCGCGGUCCGUGCUGCCCCGGUUCUACGCGGAGGACGUCCGCCCGGAGACGUGGCGGGUGUUCAACUCGUUCGGGAAACGGUACAUUGUGACGGCGAGCCCGAGAGUGAUGGUGGAGCCGUUCGUGAAGACGUUCUUGGGGGCGGACAGGGUACUGGGGACGGAGCUGGAGGUGACGGCAUCGGGGAGGGCUACCGGGCUGGUGAAGGAGCCGGGGGUGCUGGUGGGCGAGCACAAGAAGGUCGCCGUGAUGAAGGAGUUUGGGUCGCCGGAGAGCUUGCCGGAUUUGGGACUGGGUGAUAGCGCGAGUGACCAUGAAUUCAUGUCAAUUUGCAAGGAAGCAUACAUAGUGCUAAGGACCAAGUGCGAGCCACUACCAAGAAACAAGCUGUUAAGCCCUGUUAUCUUCCACGAGGGUCGCUUAGUACAAAGGCCAACCCCUCUUGCAGCCCUCUUGACUUUCUUGUGGAUGCCAAUUGGCAUCAUACUCUCUAUUUUAAGGGUAUACCUUAACAUCCCUCUGCCCGAAAGACUCGCUUGGUACAACUAUAAGCUUCUGGGAAUAAGGGUCAUAGUGAAGGGUAGCCCACCACCACCCCCAAAGAAAGGCCAAAGCGGGGUCCUAUUUGUAUGCAACCACCGUACAGUUCUAGACCCUGUGGUCACAGCAGUUGCACUAAAAAGAAAAAUCAGCUGCGUCACUUAUAGCAUAAGCAAGUUCAGUGAGAUGAUAUCACCCAUCAAAGCCGUGGCAUUAUCAAGGGAGAGAGAGAAGGAUGCUGAAAACAUUAAGAAAUUGCUUGAAGAAGGUGACUUGGUGAUUUGCCCAGAAGGUACUACUUGCAGAGAGCCAUUCCUGCUGAGGUUUAGUGCUCUUUUCGCUGAGCUCACAGACAGAAUCGUCCCAGUUGCCAUCAACACAAAGCAGAGUGUGUUUUAUGGUACAUCCGUUCGUGGGUUUAAAUUCUUGGACCCAUACUUUGUAUUCAUGAAUCCUGUGCCUACCUAUGAGAUCACUUUCUUGAAUCAGCUUCCCGCUGAGCUGACAUGCAGGGGAGGCAAAUCUGCCAUUGAAGUUGCCAAUUACAUUCAGAGGGUUCUUGCAGGGACUCUGGGUUUUGAAUGCACGAAUCUGACAAGGAAGGAUAAGUAUGCUGUGCUUGCAGGAACAGAUGGGAGGGUUCCAUCCAAGAAAGAGAGAGCUUGAAAAUUGAAAAGGGGGACAAAAUGAAGAAGGCGUCGUCCCUUUUGAUUGUGUAUCGGUUUCUCGUAUGUUUCUAAAGCGUUUAGAGAGUAAGCAUGAUAGUAAUAAGAAUUUGAUUGUAAUGAUGAUGGCCAUAAAAGUUCAACAAUUUAUAUGUGUUCUGUCAUUCUGAUAUAAAACAAAAGUAUAGUUUCUGUAA